AUGAAAACAAAGAAUGUACCCAAGAUGGCAGGAAGACGUUCUUGGACGUGGGAGUACUAUACCCUCAUUAAUUCUAACGAUCAUACGCCAAGUCGUGCUGAAUGUAACGCAUGCAAAAAAGUGUUCGCAACAAAUACAACGACGUCGCUGAUCAGACAUUUGGCGAGGGCACAUCGUAUUGAACGGGUUGUUGCUGUUCCCCCGAGGUCUGCAUCAGCGGCGUCGGAAUUUGAACCGAUUCCAUGUGCUAGUACCGACGACAUUAGAAAAGUGUUGGACGAAGCACUUGUAGAUUUCGUUGUAGAGGAUUUGCAACCGCUCAACGUCGUUGAAGAUAAAGGUUUUCGAAAAUUAUUAAGAAAAUUGAAUCCGCAGUAUAAUCUCCCGACAAGGAAGACACUGAAGAAGUGGGUGGACGAAAGAUACAUUGAUAAGAAACGGCAAGUAAAGGCCGAAUUAAACGAAGUCAGUGAUAUUUGUAUUACUGCGGACAUGUGGACAAGUAAUAAUACUGAUGGUUUCUUAACGGUUACGUGCCAUUUUAUUAGUAAUGAAUUCGUUUUAAAAUCGUGUACGCUUGAAACGGAAAAGGUGACUGGAAGUCAUACGGGUAUUUACCUAUCAAGUUUAUUGAAUAGAAUAUUUCACGAUUGGGGCAUAGAGAGUAAAGUGAGAUGUGUUGUGACUGAUAAUACUCCAAGUAUGCUUUCUGCAGUUAGAAGUUUGGGCAGUGGUGUUACAAGCAUUCCAUGCUUCGCUCAAACAUUAAAUUUAGUAGUCAAAAAAUCGUUGAAUGCCAUUGCAGAACUUGUUACUAUUCGUCAAAAAUGUCGCAACAUUGUAUCAUAUUUUAAAUCGAGCUGUUUAGCAACAGAGAAAUUAACUGAGAUUCAAAAUAGAUUUGGUAUAGAAAACCACAAAUUAAUUUUAGAAGACGAAACUCGUUGGAAUUCAACGUACGAAAUGUUUAGCAGAUUAAUAGAGCAACAACGUGCUGUAUCAGCAGCGAUGUCUACUGUAUCUAUUGAACGUUUAACAACAAGUGAUUGGGAUAUGAUGGCUAGUUGUUUAUCAGUACUGGGACCCUUCGCUUUAUUCACUGCAGAAUUAAGUUCGGAAGCACAUGUUUCAAUUUCGAAAGUAUUCCCGGGCGUACAACAAAUGUACAGAUGUUUAAAUGUACACGAGCAUGUAUUAGCCUCGAAAUUACGAGAAAUGAUGGACAAAUAUUUUCAUGACAUUGUAAAUAAUUCUAUUUAUUGCAUGUGUUCCAUGUUGGAUCCACGAUUUAAACAAUUAGGAUUCAUGCCCACUGAAACUGUAGAAAUUCUAAAAAAAUUGAUUAUUGGUAUCAUUACAGUUCCCACAGAAAGUGACAACAAUUCACUUAGCACCGAUGAUGAAAGCAUCUCAAGUUUUUGGAGUGACUUCAAAACUAUGGUCAGUGCACACAAUUGUUGUAAUACAGAUGAGUUGAGCGAAGUGGCUGAACUCGACAAUUAUUUAAAGGAACGGAUUGAAGUUUUAGAAAGUGAUCCUGUGGAGUAUUGGAAAAUUAAUGCUAUUAGGUAUCCGAAACUUUCAAAAUUAGCACAAAAAUUGCUGUGUUGUCCUGCGACAUCAGUACCUUCCGAAAGAAUAUUUUCCAAAGCGGGAAAUAUUGUGUCCAAAAAAAGAAAUAGAUUGAAAGACUCUACG